CUAAAUAAACCCUAGAAGAAGAGAGAAAAGUUGACUGAAGUUGAUCGAGAUCGAGAUGGGGAACGAGACAAAGAGCAAUGGAGCUUCAAGUUUGGGUGGAGGAGGGUUUAGGGCAAAGAUGGAGCACUAUGUGUACAGUGGGGAAAAGAAGCACGUUUUGGCAGGGAUCGGGAUAUUCACCGUCAUCUUCGGCAUCCCUUGGUAUCUUAUGAAUCGAGGAUCAAACAACCAUCGGUCUCACCAAGAUUACAUGGAAAAGGCGGAUAAAGCUAGAAAAGCUCGUCUCUCUUCAUCUCCAUCUCCAUCCUCUGACAAGUAGUCCUCUGUUACAGACUCUAGUCAGAUACAUGCCGUGAAUGAUCCGAUCCAAUCACGUCAGAGUUUUCCAUGUCCAGUCAAAACAUAACUCAGCAAUGUCUGAGCCAGUGUGGGUUUAUUUUACGUAUCAUUUCACUGUACUCCAGUUUCUAUAUUGAAUAAAACAAAAAGUUUUUCUCAAACACAUAAA